UCCUCCCUCUGUCUACACCGGCAUCGCACCUCCCACGAAGCUCGAAUCAGAGUAUAUACCGACGACUCUCACCCCACCUAGACAGCCUCGCCAAUAUGGUAAUCAACUAUAGCAAAUGGGAUGCUAUCGAGCUCAGCGAUGACUCUGACAUUGAGGUACACCCUAAUGUCGACAAGCGAUCAUUCAUUCGCGCAAAACAAGCACAAAUACACCAAGAACGCGACCACCGUAAACACCAGAUAGCGACUCUGAAAUACGAGCGCAUCAUCAACGACGGACUUUUGAGACGUAUCAACAACCUCCUCACAGCUCUCAAGUCGCAUAAAACGUCAGAGCGAAGUGCAGAUGAGCUGGUAUUUCAGUCGCUAAUGGAGUCAGCGGGGGACCCGGCCGAGGACAAACCCCCAGCGCCACCUGCAGACGUCCACAAGAAUGUAGGCGAGCAGCCUGCGUACUCCAAGAUGAUGGCGUCAUUGAUCGAUCAAGUAAAGAAAGAGGUGGAUCAAGCGAGCGGAGACAACAGACUGGAAGCGUACCUUACAGAGAUAGACAAGCACAAAGUCAAGGUGGAUGACUUACAGGCCGAGCUCCAUAAGAAGCUGGCAGAGCUAGAGACGGAAGAGAAGAGGCAUAUAACCAGUGAACACCUGACAGAGGGUUUCAAUUAUUCAAAGGUAGCGACAGCUGAGCCUGGACCGGCAUCAUCGAAGUCUACGGAGCCAGAAUUACUCAAUCCUGGAGCACUGAAGGGCGACCCAUUAGCGCGGACGGAUGCUGGACUGUCGUCAGGGGCCGAAGCGGAUGUUGAGGAUGCGACAGGCGACGAUGUGGACGACGACAGUGUCGAAGCUAGUCCGAUCGCGAAAGAGUUUGCAAAGAUUCCUAUGACUGAUUAUCGAGCAUCACACGAUUUCAUCUCGAAAAACACCCAGAUCUUGAAGGAAAAAGAGACGGAUGGUCUACUUGUCGAGGCUUUCAACAGUGAGCUUGAAGGGAAAACAAAGCAUGCCAGGCAAUGCGUGCACCAAGCUCUGCUACUGCAGUACUGUCGCUCUUUAGGCCGCGACGGCGUUGCUUUGUUCUUCAAGCGAGUCACGACCCAAGGACACCAAGCGCAAAAGCUGUUCACGGAUGAUGUGCGCGAUACAUAUGGACGAAUCCACACGCGAGCAGCGGAGAUCAAGAAGGAGCGCGAGGCAAAUCCGGAGCCGGAAGCAGGAGUCGAACAGAUUCAACUGCACGCAGUAGACCCGAACACACAGAUCAACAUUGCGGUGCCUCCAGCAGACUCUGAAGACCCUGAAAUUGUCAAGUCACGGCAGCUCUUCGAAACGUUCCCACCCGGACUGCGACGUGCGCUCGAGAGUGGAAAGUUGGAUGAAGUCAACAAGGUUCUGGGCAAGAUGAGCGUGGAAGAGGCCGAGGAGGUAGUCGGACAGCUUGGCGAAGGCGGUAUGCUGAGUGUGGAGGAGGGGGUGAUUGACGCGACGACGGAGGAAGGACGGAAGACGGUGGAAGAGAUUGAGAAGAAUCGCAAGAUGCCCGGGAUGGCAGACGAGGAGACUCUUGAGGCCGCGCCACCGUCGUAAAGGUCGUGUAAUGGCGUGUAGAACGCGGGAAACGAAGGUAAAAAGCGAGAGAGAUGUUCAUGGCACGCACGUGUAGCUGUAGAGGUAUGUAUGGAUCAACACAGCCACUGAAGCUACGUGAUGACGACAUGCCGAAUACGAUACAGCAUACCACUACCUACCAACCAUUCAUACGAUGGCUGCUCAUGACGUCUG